CAGCUCAUCUCAUCUCAUCUCAUCUCAUCUCAUCUAGUGCUUUCCUCUCUACCUUUUCCUUUUUCCUCUUCCUUUUUCUUUGGUGGAGGAGCUCUUCUAAUAAAUUAUUCUUACUUGUCUAUUUAUUCCUUCCUCAAACUGGAAAACGCAAACCGCAAAACCCGCAAAACCUCACUGCUUUUUAUUUCUUCUUCAUUCAUUAAGAUAGAUUUUUUGCUGAUUCCCAGGCUCCCAGCCAUGUCUUGAUCUCACUCCAUGGUCGAUAUAUUGUCCAUUGAAAUUAAGCUAAGCAAGUAAGCAAUUAUCAUUAAACGCUACACAGCCGUACAGUCACACACUCGAUCUAAUCCUGUGCAGCAAUGGGAAGGUGGAAGAGGGAGGUUUUGGUGAUAAUAAUAUUGUAUUUAUUGAUCUCAACGAUGGGAGUGACAGAGGGGAAAAAGGGAAGGAGGAAUAUAAAUAGAAAGCGGCAUUCAGCAGUUUCAAGAGCGUUAGAAAUAAUAAACGGGACAAGUAAUAGUGAUGCCUACUGCCUUAGUUGGAGGAUGGCAGUGGAAGCUAACAACAUGAGAGGAUGGCGAACAAUCCCUAUUCAGUGUUGGCGUCAUGUCCAAGGUUACAUGGUAGGAGGUCAAUAUUCUCGCGAUAUUAGCUUGAUUAUUGACCAAAUUUAUGCAUAUCUAGAUACUGUCUCCCCCUUCGCUGAUUCCUUGGAUGCUUGGAUCUUUGAUGUUGAUGACACUUGCCUCUCUAACCUCUUUUAUUAUCAAGCCAGACGCUUCGGGUGUGAUCCAUAUAACCCAAUGGAGUUCAAAAUAUGGGCAUCUAAAGGAGAGAGUCUAGCCAUUCCGGCAGUGUUGGAAAUAUUUUACAGAUUGAUUGAAGUCGGAUUUAAGGUGAUGUUAUUAACGGGAAGGGACGAAGAGACCCUUGGCGAAGCUACUGUUGAAAAUCUGGUUAACCAAGGUUUUGUUGGCUAUGAACGCCUCAUUAUGAGGUCGCCGGAGUAUAGAGGACUAAGUGCAAUGAUGUACAAGUCGGAGAUACGUAGACAAUUAAUGGAGCAAGGGUAUAGGGUUUGGGGAAAUGUUGGAGAUCAAUGGAGUGAUCUUCAAGGCAAUUAUACCGGUGACCGUACAUUUAAACUUCCCAAUCCCAUGUACUUCGUUCCUUGAUCCAUUCUACACACCCAUAUUUGGUGCUUGUUUCAUACGUCAUGUAUGUAAAUGUGUUUGUUAAUCAUGAAAUGAAAUUGCGAUGAAUUUUACAAAGAAA